CUUCCUGUUCUUCCUCUGUCAGACCAAUCAGAGGCUGUCAUGCUCUCCAUGCAGCGGAGCCGCCGCCUCCUUUUCGUCCUCAGUCCGGACUUCCUGGCAGAAAAGAGCUUCAGCCUGCUGGAGUGUCGUCUGGGUCUGUACCUCCAACACGGCCUCCAGGCCUCCAUCGUCACCGUGGUGUUCCGUUCCGUCAGCAAGCUGCCCUGUGUGGAGGUGGCUCAGCUCCGGCACGCCGCCAACACCUCGGUCACAUGGAGAGGGAGUCGGUCUGAAGCGCCGCGCUCACGCUUCUGGCUGCGGCUGAGGCUGGCGCUGCCAGUGCGGCCGCUCGCUCUGGGCCGGAGGAUGAUUGACAGCACGUCGUCUCACUCCGACCUCGCUGCUCUGGCGCUCCAGAGAGUCCACAGGAUCCACAACCAGAACCAGGAAGGCAGUGCCAAUCAGAGCCGCAGAAACAGGCGACUGUCAGCCAAUCAGAGCCGAAGAUACAGGCAGGCCCCGCCCACUAGGAGGGGAGGGAUGAAGAGGUGGAACACAUGCAGGGAGGACGGGUCACAGCACAGCGGGAGAUGCUCAGGGUGCACUGGGAUCGUUGAUCAGGUGGAGGACAGGGGGGCGGAGCUAACUGUGGAAACUGAAAUGCUGCAGGUGUCACAUGACAGGACUGACAUCCAGUCAGAUCCUGUUCCUGAAACAAAGCCCACCCCACAUCCUGACCCCGCCCAGGAACCUUCCCCAACACCUGACCCUGACCUGGCUUCAGACUCCGCCCCCUCACUCUGCCAACAUAACGAUGACAUCAUAAAACACAAGCAACAACAGCAGCUGCAGGUGAUUGGUUCGGCUGAGGAACUAUGAUGUCAUCAGGAUCAGGGGCGGGACUCCUGUUACAUUCAAGCAGCAACAUAGCUCCGCCCUUUAUAUUUACCCCGCCCCUUUAACACUGACGCUCUGAUGGACACAUUUAACACAGACUUUGAGGAAUGCUGCAUUCAGGGUACAAGAGGAAAAUCGUAAAACUAAGCCUUAAAAUAUGCAAACUAUUCUGAUGAAUUCUUCCAGAACAAUCGUCCUCCUGAUGGUUCUUCUUCUCUCAGACUCUUCACCGACUCUGCACCUUCACAACAUGAAGUUUGUCCUGAAGGGGCU